AUGACAAAAUGCCUAUUGUGCGGGUCUCUAUCUGAAGCCAGGGACCAUAUCUUCUUGGAGUGCCCAGUGGCUAAGGUGGCAUGGAAUAGCUCUAGGUUCGUUCUUAAUUUGUAUCAAGAAGGUGCCUUGAAUGAUUGGUUGUUGGAUUUUCUCAGCCAGCUGAGCGCUGAUCAGCAAUGUUUGAGUGUGGCUUUGGUCAUUAUGGUUCAACCACAAUGGAGUUCAACAUGGAGAAGAGCCGACACCCCCCCGAUCAAAUCUCUGAUUAUGCUCAAGAAUUCCUCUCCCAACUUCGGCUCAGUAAAAUUGGGGCUAUUAGGGCACAACAAUCAGAACAGUUGGCAAAUCAACUUCGAUGGGGUUGUGUUGGAGUCGGAGGGUGUCUCUAGGGUGGGUGUAGUUGUUAGAGACUGGCAUGGGUCUCUCUGA